CACUCAUCCCGCCACAGGUGGCUCCGCAUCAGGCGUGGCCUCGUGCGGCGCCCCGGGCCUGAACGCAGCGACAGGAGCCUUCGAUUUCUGCCGCCCGCGACCGGCUGGCUCCCCGAGCUCUACUUGCCGCCGCCGUCUUUGUCCGGACACAGAUGAUGUGAAACAUGUGGAUUUGUGAUAUGAAUUCAUUUGAAAAGCCUCUUUGGGGGUAUGACCAUGAUUUCUGAUGAAACCAGAUUGGAAUAAUUUUCAUGAUAUUUGUAUAUUUAUAUAUAUAUAUAUAUAUAUAUAUUAAAAUUUUACAUUUGACUUAAAGUGCCAUGAGAAAAUUUGCAUAUUGCAAGGUGGUUCUAGCCACCUCCUUGGUUUGGGUACUUUUGGAUAUGUUUCUGCUGCUGUACUUCAGUGAGUGCAACAAGUGUGAUCAGAAGAAGGAGAGAGGACUUCCUGCUGGGGAUGUUCUAGAGCCAGUGCAGAAGCCUCAUGAAGGUCCUGGAGAAAUGGGGAAACCAGUCGUCAUUCCUAAAGAGGAUCAAGAAAAGAUGAAAGAGAUGUUUAAAAUCAAUCAGUUUAAUUUAAUGGCAAGUGAGAUGAUUGCACUCAACAGAUCUUUACCAGAUGUGAGGUUAGAGGGGUGUAAAACAAAGGUGUAUCCAGAUAACCUUCCUACAACAAGCGUGGUGAUUGUUUUCCACAAUGAGGCAUGGAGCACACUUCUUCGAACAGUCCAUAGUGUCAUUAAUCGCUCACCAAGACACAUGAUAGAAGAGAUUGUUCUUGUAGACGAUGCCAGUGAAAGAGACUUUUUGAAAAGACCUUUAGAGAGUUAUGUGAAAAAACUCAAGGUGCCAGUUCAUGUAAUUCGAAUGGAACAACGUUCUGGAUUGAUCAGAGCUAGAUUAAAAGGAGCUGCUGUGUCCAAAGGCCAAGUGAUCACCUUUUUAGAUGCACACUGUGAGUGUACGGCAGGGUGGCUGGAGCCUCUCUUAGCCAGGAUCAAACAUGACAGGAGAACAGUGGUAUGUCCUAUCAUUGAUGUGAUCAGCGAUGAUACUUUCGAGUAUAUGGCAGGCUCUGACAUGACCUAUGGUGGAUUCAACUGGAAGCUCAAUUUUCGUUGGUAUCCUGUCCCCCAAAGAGAAAUGGACAGAAGGAAAGGUGACCGGACUCUCCCUGUCAGAACACCUACAAUGGCCGGAGGCCUUUUUUCAAUAGACAGAGAUUACUUUCAGGAAAUUGGAACAUAUGAUGCUGGAAUGGAUAUUUGGGGAGGAGAAAACCUAGAAAUUUCCUUUAGGAUUUGGCAAUGUGGAGGAACUUUGGAAAUUGUGACUUGUUCCCAUGUUGGUCAUGUGUUUCGGAAAGCUACACCUUACACGUUUCCAGGAGGGACAGGGCAGAUUAUCAAUAAAAAUAAUAGACGGCUUGCAGAAGUAUGGAUGGAUGAAUUCAAAAAUUUCUUCUAUAUAAUUUCUCCAGGUGUUACAAAGGUAGAUUAUGGAGAUAUAUCAUCAAGACUUGGUCUGAGACAUAAACUACAAUGCAAACCUUUCUCUUGGUACCUAGAAAAUAUUUACCCUGAUUCUCAAAUUCCACGUCACUAUUUCUCAUUGGGAGAGAUACGAAAUGUGGAAACAAAUCAGUGUCUAGAUAACAUGGCUAGAAAAGAGAAUGAAAAGGUUGGAAUUUUCAAUUGUCACGGUAUGGGAGGCAAUCAGGUUUUCUCUUAUACUGCCAACAAAGAAAUUAGAACCGAUGACCUGUGUUUGGACGUUUCCAAACUUAAUGGCCCAGUUACCAUGCUCAAAUGCCACCACCUAAAAGGCAACCAGCUCUGGGAGUAUGACCCAGUGAAAUUAACCCUGCAGCAUGUGAACAGUAACCAGUGCCUGGAUAAAGCCACGGAAGAGGACAGCCAGGUGCCCAGCAUUAGAGACUGCACUGGAAGCCGGUCCCAGCAGUGGCUUCUUCGAAAUGUCACCCUUCCAGAAAUAUUCUGAGACCAAAUUUACAGCAACAACAACAAAAAGAAAAAUGAAAGAAAAAAAAUAAGGAUUGACUGGGCUACCUCAGCAUACAUUUCUGCCACAUUCUUAAGUAGCAAAAAAGGAGACGUGUUUUCCUCUUCUGUGGGAUGUAAGGUUUAUCAGCCAUUAAAACUCAGACUUCUCUAGCUUUUCACUUGCUGUGAACCAGCCUUCCUGUCCCAGGAUGCGAGACUGCAAAGUAGUGAGACUGCGCACACUGAUGUUUACAAGACUGAAGAGUCUUCAUCAAGAACAGUGGCGAGUGGCCUUCCGAUCCCAGACAGGCGCAAAAUGUGCUCUCUGGAUAGAUGCACCUUCCACAGCGGUCGUGCCCAUCAGCCGUGUCGGCUGAGUGUGCCUCCUGAAGAAGAGAUCUCCUGAUUAGAACCAGUAGCUGAAAUAUUAAAUAUUGAUAGAAAAGUAAGCGGAAAAGAACUGGAACCAGGUUCAGAAUCAUGAAAACAUUUUUACAACAAUAAAAAUUAUAUCAAACAGGGUUUAAAGGAAAUUAAAACAGAAUUAUGAGAAGUACAAUUUGUUAUAGUAUCAGAUUUCUAUAUAGAUUUUAUACCUCAGUGGGGAAAAAAUGAUUCCAGUGACAUUUAUUUUGUUUUCAUCUGUGAUAGUCAUAUGGAUGCUUUUAUUUUCCUUGGGGUGCUGAAAAUGAGAUGGGGUGGAGCUCUGGACAUAGUUUUGAUUCCUUUUUACAAUAUUUUUAUUUGGUUUGUGGGCUGUUGGAAUUGUAAGUUUUAAUUACCUUCUUUAAAAAAAAAAAUGGAGAUUUAACAUGCCUGGUCUCAAUUGAAACGUUAGAGAUAUCAGUUGCUCUUGGGUCAACUGGCUUACAGACUCUCUCUUACCCUGCCCCCCAACCUCCACACAGUUUCUUACCACAUUUUCAACUUUUUAACUUGACCCCCAGACUCCUGCUACUGACUCCAGAUUUGUCUCCACAGCAGCAACUCCUCAGUUCCUGUGAGUCACUUCGCACAACUUACAAAGAGUGGUUGUUUAUUUGGGUAUGUGGAGAUUGUGGAUCUGAUGGGCUUUUUUGAAAACCUUUUCCACUCCACACAAAGAUGUGCUUCCCUGUCAGGUGCACAUUUAGAUUAAGUUUGAGUUGUGAUGUUGAUUUGCUGCUUUUUUAAAAAAAAAUAAAAAUAAAAAUUGACUGAAAA